GAAGCAUAACGCGGUGUUAUGGUCCUGUGCGAAAUUCGAAAGCUCGCGGUGUGCGCCGCCGUGCAUGAUUGGAAGCGAAUUUGGACGCUUUCGAGGUUUUUCUUCUAUUCGUCAAGCACCCAAAACGGAGGAUAUUGCCCAUCAUGGACCCCGAAGGCCCCGUUACCCUCCGAACCUCCAAGUUCAUCACCAACCGUCUCCUUAACCGACGUCAAUUCGUCCUCACCGUCCUCCACCCCACUCGCCCCAACGUCUCCCGAUCCGACCUCUCUGCCAAGCUCGCCGCUCUCUACAAGACCCAGAAGGAGCAGGUCGUCGUUUUCGGCUUGAAGACCAAGUUCGGUGGUGGUUCCUCUACCGGUUUCGGUUUGAUCUACGAUGACGAGGAGAGCCAGAAGAAGUUUGAGCCCAAGCACAGGCUCGUGAGGGCUGGUCUUGCCGACAAGGUCGUCAAGCCUUCCAGGAAGCUCCGAAAGGAGAGGAAGAACCGAGCCAAGAAGCUCCGCGGAAAGGCCAAGGGAAAGGCUGCCGAGCCCGCCAAGAAGAAGUAAAUUGCUCCAUAGUGGUGGCUUUGGAUUCUUCUUUGUGUGCUUGGGGGAUGUAUCUUCAUUCUUCUCUGCAGCACUUGAUCGAGUUGCAAAUAUCGAGAUUGAGGAAACACUGGCAGUGGCAAGGAACACGGGGAGUCGGGAGGUUGCGUUGAGGGGCUGGACGUCGUGUCAAGAGGCAAAGCGCUGAAAACUGUACUCACCUGUCGCUCUCGCUGGUUAUUGGGGUGCAACUCUGUCAGCUCGUCAAAUGUUUAGGGGGUGACUGACGUGUCCUUGUCCCUUCUCGUCAUCAAACCAAAUUACGGAAAACAGCCUCAAAAUCUUGCGAAACAACCAUCUGGAUAAGAGAACAAUCAGACAACCCCCUGCUGCUUGUCGAUGGCACCGAUCAUUCUGCUGACCGUGUCUCAAGCUUGGCGGUCGAUUGUUCACUCGACUAACGCCACUUGAAAUAUACCAGAUGAUAUCAGACGUAUAUCUCACACAGGGCUUGUUUGUCGAGGACGUAGUCAGCUCUGAAGGGAAAAUCAAUGAUGGCGGAUUGCGAAUGAAUAUUAAUCACUUGACG